CUAUCGAUUUGCCAGCUCUAAAUUAUAAAGCAUAUUAGGGUUUUACUAUCGAUUUGCUUGGAAGAUUUAUCAAUGGAGGCGGGAAAGAUGAUAAACAGAGCACUGCGAAAGCACAAACAACCUGUUUUAACAAAUGAGCCCUUUUCUGCUGUGCCCAAAAAACGAUCUCGCUGUGAUACUAUAAAACACCAUCAGAAAGAGAUGAAAAUGUCAUCAAGCUUGACCUCAAAAAUCUUAAAAGCGGCAUCAUUUCAACAGAAGGAAAUAGAAGAUGAAGCCAGAAAAGAAGAUCCUUUUUUUUCGAUUCCCGAAAAAGUAGGAGGUGUUUCAGAAGAUAGUGAUAGUGAUAGUGAUGAACGGUUCGGCUCAUUAGAUGAAUUAUCAGAAACUGAAAGCCAGUACAAUGAUUAUGAAGUCGAAGUGGAUGAAGAGCAGAUGGAAAUAUUAGAGCAUUUCAUGUCCAAGGCACCUGGUACCCAACUCACAUUAUCUGACCGUGUUAUUAACAGAAUUAAAAAUGCGGAAAGUGUAUCCGCAGAACAGCAACACCAACCACUUCCUCAAAUGGGCAAAGACAUUUAUAAGAGAAUUGGAGAGUAUUUGAGUAGAUAUUCAAGUGGGAAACUUCCAAAAGCUUUCUUAUCCAUUCCUAGAAGUUCACAUUGGGAGGAUGCUCUCUACUUGACUGAACCAGAGAAGUGGUCCGCAAAUGCAAUGUACCAAGCUACAAAUAUAUUUGCCUCCAAUAUGUCCCCCAAAAAUGCACAGCGUUUCUACUCCUCUGUGUUGCUCCCACGAGUAAGAGAAGAUAUCCGAAAGAAUAGGAAACUCCAUUUUGCUCUCUAUCAAGCUCUUAAAAAGUCGGUUUAUAAGCCAGAGGCCUUCCACAAGGGAGUUCUGUUUCCACUCUGCAAGUCAGGGACUUGCAACCUUAGGGAAGCUGUCAUUAUAGGAAGCAUUAUUCAGAAGGUGUCUAUUCCUCCGAAGCAUUCAAGUGCGGCACUCAUGAAGCUCGCAGAAAUGGAGUAUUGUGGCACUACAAGUUACUUUAUCAAGCUCAUUCUUGAUAAGAAAUAUGCCCUGCCUUAUUGUGCUCUUGAUGCUGUUGUCGCUCACUUUAUGAGAUUUCUUGAAGAUUCAAGGGUUAUGCCUGUAAUAUGGCACCAGUCGCUUCUUACUCUUGUCCAGAGGUACAAGUAUGAAUUAACAAAAGAGAACAAAGAAAACCUUGAGCGUCUCAUUCAGCACCAGAAACACUACAUGGUUACUGAAGAUAUCAGGAGGGAGCUACGGAAUAGUCGGAAUCGUGGGGAAAAGGAAGAUCCCAUGACUAUCUCAUCUCCAUACCGUAAUACACCUGUUGAAGAAGACAGGUUCAACUAUCCUGAAGUAUGUAUGGAAGAGGACUGAUUACUAUGAUGAUCAGCAAAGCCCAAUAUCUUGCUCCAAAUCGGUGUUCCCUUUGAACUUUGAGAAACAAGCAUUAUUCCACCACUUGAAAGCAAAGGUGCUGUGUGGAAAUCUUACUUAAUAUGCCAAGGUGUGUUUAUAUUACUCAGGGGAUUCCUGGUUAUAUUUAAAGACAAUAUGUGAUUUGGUGGAACUUUAAUCUUUGGUGUAUUUUCAUCAUUAUUUAUUUGUGUGGAACAAAGCUUAUGAAACUCUUUAAAUUGUUCUUUCUAUUUAUAUAAUUAAGCAACAAUUGAUUAGUGUGCCCUUGGUAA